UCUAGAAAUCCUAGUAACGCGUCCAGGACAAAAUAGGCGGCGGUGGGGUGUAAUGAAGAGGAAAGAAAUUGAAACGUGGCCUCGACAUAUUUCUGUUUACGCGCCUGACUGGUCUCGCAGAAAAAGUAAAGUAUCAAGAAAGACGAUUUGAACUGUUGAAGACGUCGCCCUGGCGCGUGACGUCACAGGCGUUGAUUGCGGAAGUCAUGCUCGGGAUGAAGGCUGCCGCGUUUGUGUCAACAAACGUUCAGGUGGACGCUCACGCACGUGUUGCCUUGAGCUUCGGCUGCCUUCCGGCUCGCUGACGAGGCGUCCGGCAACACUGCUCCCACCUGAGCCGCGCCCGUGUGCUCCGGUGGCUCCGACGUGCCGCGCGCGAACCGGGACCGAUUUUGACUUGAGUUAGCAGUGAGGACAAGAUGGGCAUUUGGCAGUCACUUUCUAGUCCUCCCGAGUACACACAACUGGCGCAAAAGACUGGCUUCACUUGUGAGCAGAUUGGAGUUCUGCACAAGCGAUUCAAGCAGUUGAGCCACAAUGAAGACACCCUGCGGAGAGAACACUUCAACGCCAUCCACGAUCUGGCCUGGAAUCCCAUCCGAGCACAGAUCAUCGAGGCCUUCUUUGACAGGAGGAACCUGAUCCCACCCGGCGAGGGCUCGAUGGAAGAGAUCUACUUGGAGGAAUUCGUGGUGGUCAUGUCCCACUUCAAGCCGCCGUCGCUCAACAUGACUGAUGAGGAGCGGGACAGCGUCCGCAGGGAGAAGCUGAGAUUUUUAUUCAACAUGCACGACACGGACAACGAUGGAACCAUAACCCUGCAGGAGUACAGACAUGUGGUGGAGGAGCUCCUCUCCCGCAGCGGGCAAAUCAGCAAGGAAACGGCCGAAAGCAUCGCGGACGCCGCCAUGUUGGAGGUGGCGGGCAUAUCCAUGGGUCACAUGGAACCUGACGAGUUCUACGAGGGCAUCACGUUCGAGCACUUCCUUAAGCUGCUGAACAGCUUCGAGAUUGAAGCCAAGAUGAACGUCCGCUUUUUGAACAUGAACGCGUCUGCUGUGUGCUACUAACAUCAGAAUGAUGUGAUGAAUCAAAAUGCUUUGUUGUUUCACCCAAAAACCCCAAAAUAUAUACACAGUGCAGGAUAUGUUCCCAAACAGCCCGCGGUAGGUGGAAAUCUGCGAUGUAGAGAGACCAAAAACAUCUUUUUACCCCUCCCAUGUGUUUUAGACUCAUUUAAAUUCAUGAAAACACACGUUUACAAGUAUUCUGAAGCACCUGUUCUCACUCUCCUGCUGUCAAGAAAUGGGAGACUAUUGGAUAACAUCACUCUGAGGAAAGGAAAAGAAGACCGAUGCAUCAAGCUGUUUAAUUUAUUACUCCCAGUUCAAGUUAAGUGUAAAACUGAGACACAAAACAAAAGAGAAUUAAAUGUUGUAUAUUUAAACACUAAAAUGUUCAACCAAACCAUAUAAUUUCAUUAAAACGAAAGUCUGCUAGCUUAAUGCUAACAUGUAACACGAAACGCCACAAACAGGCUGACGGAAAUUAGUUUAGAUGUUAGGGCAGUUAUAAACCUUCAAACAACUUCUACUUGAAUGGAGCCACGACGCAUACAAACAGAACAUACAACAAUAUAUAGAGCAAUUAUUUGAAUUACUCGAAUAAUUAGAUUACAAAAAAGUCAACACUUACAAAAGAAGAAAGGGCAAUGUGUCUACUGCGAAGCACAACCGGCUCACACAACAGCACGUCCAUGAUCGCUGACACGACGUGACGUAAAUGUCGUUAGCCAAUUGAAUGCAGCCCACCGCCGCUCGUUAAAAGGUAUUUUGAUGUCCCCACAAGUGCUGAAGACGCGGCCGCCCGGUGCACUUUCAAAUGCUUUACUGAACAAACGCUAACAAAAUAAACAUUCGUCAGUUCGUAACAUGACAACUGUGCUUUCAUUCACCGACGCCCACGUCUCACCGCCUUUUUAAAGCCAGACACACUCGAAGUCACAGAUAAUGCAGUCGAAUGUGAUGACAGCGACCCCGAGUGGACACUAAUGAUGCCUGCACCUUGAAUGCAUAUUUUGCUGUUUAAUAAUGCAAAAUCAAUUUAUAUUCGACGAGUUGAUUAUAUUAACCAUGUUCCAUUUAAAAAAUAAAAAAUCUGUGAUACAGUGUGGGUUCGUCUUGUACCCUUAAUUAUAUUUGAAUAACUAUGCAAAUCCAUCCAAAAUAUGCAUAUUCUCUCACAUUGUCAUUGCACUGGUUUUUACUAUGGCGGUGUUGGCAAUAAUAAGAUGCAUCAGACUCUCGAAGCAAUAAUCCAAUAAUGCUGUUUAUAUGCAAAUAUUGAGACUGGUAAAGGAAAACAUUCAUGUUCUGUUCAUCAGGGAUUGAAGGUUUGUCUUCAGCUCAGUGGCCACAACAUUAGGUACAGCAGCCCACUCAAAUGCCAUCUGACACAAAAGAAUAUUCGGACUAUUCUGGUAGGCCUAUGUAUUGGAUCUCUAAUAUUAUAAUAUGCAAUUAUGUUGAUGAUGAAAAUAUCAUGCAGGUGUCCCGGAUGUUGCACGCUGCAGUAAAUCCACUGUGCGCACGUCAUAAACAUUUUUCCCACAAUAAAAUACAAUUUUAAGAUAAAGUGGCGGUUUGUGUUUUUGAUAAAUUAUGAAAUGGUGGAUGCAUACAUAACAGCAAAGUGUUUCUUGCCCAACUGUUUUAUUUUUAAUUGCUGUUGUGCUCCACCUCAUUAUUAUCUAAUUAGCUGUUGUCAUGGGAUUCCUGCAUAUGAUUAUUAUGCAAAUUGUUAUUGUUGUUUUAUUUUCAGGGUUUGCGAAAAGUAGGCAUACACUUUUUUAAUUAUUUCAGGAAGGUUGGAAUGGAUGGAAGGAAACAAGGAUGGUUUGGAAGAAGGAUAGGAAAGAUGGAAGAAAAGAUGGGUGGUAUGAAAGGAAGGAAAGCAGGAUGUGUAGAAGGAAGGAUCGAUGGGCUAUCGACACUGUCUGCAGGAAGAGUUGUUGUCUGCUGCCCUCUGCAGGACUGAACAUUAAAUGCAUGUGAUUGCACCUUAGUUUAAAAAAAAAAAAAAAAAACUUCCACAAGAACAAAAAACGCCGAUCAAAUAACCAAAAUGGUCCACAUUCCUGUUUUGUCUGAAUAAUUCCUAAUUUUCAAAGAAAUCAUUCUUAAAUAAGUAUACAUUUAAAAAAAAAAAAAAAAUCACAAAUUCUCAACCGAUUCCAACCAUUCUGUUUUCUAAAUGUUGAAGUUAAAAAAAAAAACUAGUUACGUGGGCUCCCUCUAGUGGUAUGCAAGUGAAUCACUUCCUAAAUGCAGUUCAGUUUUAUUGAACUUUUAAGUACCAUUCAUUUGUACUUAAUGUUGAAAAAGUUUGCUUUUCAAACAUUAAUUUAAAUCCAUUUUUUGUGUAAUGCAUUUGAAUUGAAUCAUUAUUUAAGUACAGUGGUUUUUAUUUUCCAAUACUCAAACUGCAUAAUGUUACAAUGGCUUAGCAUAAUGUUCGAUGUACUUUUUAGGAAUAUAACCUUUGUCCUGUUUUUGAUGAAGGAAAGUGCCUAUGCUAUGGUAUUUUAAUGUUAGCCAUUUUGGUGGUACUUGGUGUGAAAAGGUCAGCGUCAGCUCUCCAGCGUUCAUUUCUACGCAAAUGUCAUUUUCUGUUUGUUUGUUUGAUUUUUUUCUUCCUAUUAAAGUGAGAAGCUGAAAAUGA